UUCGACUGGAUCAACAUGGUGCGCGUUAUUUUUGUGGCUUUAACUGUGGCCUCGAGCCUGCUGCUCCUGGGCCUCGCUGAUGCAACAGCGCUCUCGAGGACUUAUCUGCCGCCACAGGUGCAAGUGCAGCAAAUUGUCUCUCGUCCGCAGGUGCAGGUGGUGCAGCAGCCGCUGAUUCACUCCGUGGUGCAGCAGCGUCCCAUAAUUCAGUCUGUGGUGCAACAGCAGCCUUUGGUUCACUCUGUGGUGCAGCAGCGUCCUGUGAUUCACUCUGUGGUGCAGCAGCGUCCUGUGAUUCACUCUGUGGUGCAGCAGCGUCCUGUUAUACAGUCUGUGGUGGUGCCACAGCGCACUUAUAUACCUCCUGCACCGCGAGUGGUUUCAGUUUACAGGCCUGCUCCUCAGGUAAUCUCCGUACCGAGGGUCCAGCAUCAGAUCAUCUCCCGUCCCCAGGUUGUGGUGCAGCAGCGUCCAGUGGUGUUGCCACAGCGCACGUAUCUGCCACCCGCCCCGAGAGUGGUCUCCAUUGCACGUCCCCAGCUAAUCUCCGUGGCUGCACCCAGACGCACUUAUCUGCCACCCCAGGGCGCUGCAUCCACCCUCAGCGAGCAGUACGAGGAGCCCGAAGAAAUCUAAUGCAAAAAAUUCCAUCCAGGCAAGACAAUGACGCGACGACUGGUUUGUGGGUUAACCCACACCGCAAAGUAUAUUCUAAUGCUAAUUCCCGAACAGAAACCAAACAGAGAAAUGCAAAAAUAAAUGUUCAAAGUGCUGACGCGACCCAGAACGGAUUUGCAUAUUCCAGAAUUAAUCAUCAGACAAUAAAGAAGGCGCAGAGAACAUCAACGAA